CUAAAGUUCUCUCAUCAUAGCAACUUUUGAAACUUGAUUCUUCUUCAUAUUCCUUGGAAAUCCUGUGAAGAAGUCUUGGUUUUGGAAGUGAUAGUCUAAAAAGAUUGAAGCAGUAAUGGCUCAGUCUAUUAGCAUUGUCUUAGUUCUUGCUCUUGCUCUCCUUGCCAGCUUUGCCCCUCUUUGCUUUUGUGGCAAGACAAGUGGUGGCUACCUCUACCCACAGUUUUACGAUAGGUCAUGCCCGAAAGCUCAAGAAAUAGUAAACUCCAUUGUAGCCAAGGCAGUUGCUAAAGAAGCUCGCAUGGCAGCCUCAUUACUUAGGCUCCAUUUUCAUGACUGUUUUGUCAAGGGCUGUGAUGCAUCAAUAUUGCUAGACAGCAGUGGAAGCAUAAUAACUGAGAAGAGGUCAAAUCCAAACAGAAUUCGAGGAUUUGAAGUGAUCGACAAGAUUAAAUCUGCACUGGAGAAGGAGUGUCCUCAAACUGUUUCCUGUGCUGAUAUCAUGGCUUUGGCUGCAAGAGAUUCUACUGUUAUUGCUGGAGGUCCUAGCUGGGAAGUUCCAUUGGGAAGAAGGGACUCUAGAGGUGCAAGUUUGAGUGGUUCUAACAACAAUAUUCCCGCUCCAAACAACACAUUUCAAACAAUUCUUACCAAGUUCAAGUUACAAGGCCUUGAUGUUGUUGAUCUUGUAGCACUAUCUGGGAGCCACACAAUUGGAAAUGCUCGGUGCACCAGCUUCAGGCAGAGGCUGUACAACCAGUCAGGAAAUGGGCAGCCUGAUUCCACUCUUCAACAAUCAUUUGCUGCCCAAUUGCGCACCAGGUGCCCCAGAUCAGGAGGUGACCAGAACCUGUUUUUCUUGGACUUUGUAAGUCCAACAAAGUUCGACAACAGCUACUUUAACAACAUAUUGGCUUCAAAGGGACUGUUGAGCUCUGACCAAGUUCUCCUGACAAAGAAUGAAGCAUCGAUGGAAUUGGUCAAGAAAUAUGCCGAGAACAAUGAGCUUUUCCUUGAGCAAUUUGCCAAGUCCAUGGUUAAGAUGGGAAAUAUCUCUCCGUUGACAGGUUCCAGGGGAGAGAUUAGAAAGAGUUGCAGGAAGAUUAAUGCUUGAAUCGCAGUGCCUAGUUAGAUCUAUGCUUUAAAUAUCUUGUGUUAAAAUGCAUCGUGUCUGUUUCCUGUUCUAUGGUCUCGUCUUUCUUUAGUUCUUUCAAACAUAAAUUUCAUGUUUCCACUUUGUUUUGUCUGCUUAAAGUAUACUUUCAUGAAUAACAAUCACUUAAAACCCA